CCGGAGAAAGACACAGCAGAUAUGGAGAGGCUGCGAGAAGCGGUUUUCCAGCCUUACCCACACUGGAAGAGUAACCGGACUCACCAACUGGUUUUCCUUAAUUUUCAGUGAAAUCCCAUUUUUUAACUGGAGAUACAGAUGGCCUCAAAUGAGAGAGAUGCUAUAUCAUGGUACCAAAAGAAGAUUGGAGCAUAUGAUCAGCAGAUAUGGGAAAAGUCAAUCGAACAGACUCAGAUUAAGGGCUUUAAAAACAAACCAAAAAAGAUGGGUCACAUAAAGCCAGACUUGAUUGAUGUUGACUUAAUCAGAGGCUCAACAUUCGCCAAAGCCAAGCCUGAAAUUCCAUGGACGUCCCUGACUCGGAAGGGGCUUGUUCGAGUUGUAUUUUUACCAUUGUUCAGCAGUUGGUGGAUUCAGGUUACCUCUCAAAGAAUCUUUAUUUGGCUGCUACUGCUUUACCUCAUGCAAGUUAUUGCAAUUGUGUUAUAUCUUAUGAUGCCUCUUGUGAACGUAAGUGAAGUGCUUGGACCCUUGUGCCUUAUGCUACUCAUGGGAACUGUCCACUGUCAAAUUGUGUCUACUCAGAUAACAAAGCCAUCAGGAAGCAAUGGAAACCGGAGAAGAAGAAAAUUACGAAAAACUGUAAAUGGUGACGGGAACCGAGAAAAUGGAAAUAACUCCUCUUCUGACCAAAUCAGAGGAAUAGAAACUUUGGAAUCUAUACCCUUUAUUAGUGGUUUUUUGGGAACUCUCUUUGGCAACAGGACUAAGAGAGUAAAAUUAAUAUCUAACAAAGAAACUGAAACUGAGAAUGACUCAAGUUGUCUGCAUCCUAUCAUUAAGAAGAGACAAUGUCAGCCAGAGAUUAGAAUGUGGCAAUCAAGAGAGAAAGCAAAAUUUUCAGAUGGAGAUAAAUCUCAUAGGGAGGCUUGUAGGCCUUUGGGUAAUGGAAUUUCAGAUGAUCUGUCAAGUGAAGAAGAUGGUGAGGCACGGACACAGAUGAUACUAUUGCGUCGGAGUGUGGAAGGGGCCUCAAGUGACAAUGGCUGUGAAGUUAAAAAUAGAAAGUCAAUACUUUCAAAGCACCUAAAAUCUCAGGUAAAGAAAACCACUUCAAGGUGGUGUCCUCUCGCGCGGGAUUCAGAUAGCGUGGCUGACUCAGAAUUUGAAUCAGCAGUUUUCGGCCAGGGUUCUAGAUCUGACAUGAAUAGUGGCUCUCGAAACUUUAACAUGUCAAGAAGAGACUCAGAAAGCACCCGCCAUGAUUCUGAGACGGAGGAUAUGUUAUGGGAUGACCUGCUACAUGGCCCAGAAUGCCGCUCAUCUGCCACCAGUGACAGUGAAGGGGCCCAUGUGAAUACACUUCACCCAGGGACUAAACGGGACUCCAAAGACGAUGUUUUUCAGCAGAACCACUUAUUCUGGCUUCAGAACUCAAGUCCUGCCUCUGAACGAGUUAGUGCAAUAAUCUGGGAAGGGAAUGAGUGCAAAAAGAUGGAUAUGUCUGUGUUGGAAAUAAGUGGCAUCAUUAUGAGCAGGGUCAAUGCAUAUCAGCAAGGAGUAGGUUAUCAGAUGCUGGGAAAUGUCGUCACCAUUGGAUUAGCAUUUUUUCCUUUUGUACACCGACUUUUCCGUGCGAAGAGCCUUGACCAGCUGAAAUCCAUUUCUGCUGAGGAGGUCUUGACUCUCUUUUGUGGAGCACCACCAGUUAUACCUAUUAUUAUCUUGUCUUUAAUUAAUUUUUUUGAACGAUUGUGUCUUACUUGGAUGUUUUUUUUUAUGAUGUGUGUGGCAGAGCGAACAUAUAAACAGAGAUUUUUAUUUGCAAAACUCUUCAGCCAUAUUACAUCUGCAAGGAAAGCUAGAAAAUAUGAAAUACCUCAUUUCAGACUUAAAAAGGUAGAGAACAUUAAGAUAUGGUUAUCACUUCGUUCCUAUCUAAAGAGACGGGGCCCGCAGCGUUCAGUUGAUGUGGUCGUAUCAUCUGUCUUCUUACUGACGCUCUCGAUUGCUUUCAUUUGUUGUGCGCAGGUUCUCCGAGGACAUAAAACUUUCCUUAAUGAUGCUUAUAAUUGGGAGUUUUUGAUCUGGGAAUCAGCUUUAUUGCUUUUCUUACUGCGCCUGGUCUCCCUGGGGUCUGAAACCAAUAAGAAAUACAGCAAUGUGUCGAUAUUACUUACUGAACAGAUUAAUUUGUAUCUUAAGAUGGAAAAGAAGCCAAAUAAGAAAGAGCAGCUGACUCUAGUAAACAAUGUAUUGAAGCUGUCCACCAAGUUGUUGAAAGAACUGGACACACCAUUUCGACUGUACGGGCUGACAGUGAAUCCCUUGAUCUACAAUAUCACACGAGUAGUUAUCCUUUCUGCUGUCUCAGGGGUUAUUAGUGAUCUUCUAGGAUUUAAUAUAAGACUGUGGAAAAUUAAAUCAUAAGCUGAGCCAUUUGCCUGGACUCUCCCUUUGCUGACGUCAGUCCCCAUGAAGGAAAGAG